AAAAACACAAAGCGUCUGGCGGAGACACCGAGAACGACCUUGGAAGGAGACGCAUCGCCUGAGAGGAUGUCUGUUUGUCCGGAGCUUGGCUUCAAUGUGGACCAUGGGUAUCUGGAGGGUCUGGUACGAGGACUGAAGGCAGGGAUCCUGACCUGUUCCGAUUAUCAUAACCUGACACAAUGUGACACUCUGGAGGACAUGAAGCUCCAUCUGCAGAGCACUGACUACGGCAGGCUGUGGUCAUCCUCCGGCGACCACCUGACCGUGUCCCUCAUGGACCAGAAAUUGAAAGAGAACUUACUGGUAGAGUUCCGCAGCCUGCGUUCCCACUCUGUUCCACCGCUGUCCAUCUUCCUGGAUUACAUAACGUAUAGCUACAUGAUAGACAAUGUGGUGCUCCUGAUUACUGGGGUCCUGAGGAAGAGAGACGUAUCUGAGCUGUUGCCACGGUGUCACCCGUUGGGAGUGUUUGACCAGAUGGCAGCGGUUGGCAUCGCCCGUACCCCCUCUGAGCUCUACUGGACCAUCCUGGUGGACACUCCUCUGGCUCCUUUUUUCCAGGAUGCUGUGUCUGAGUCUAACCUGGAUGAGAUGGGGGCAGAGAUCCUCAGGAACAAACUCUACAAAGCAUAUAUAGAGUCGUUUCACUCAUUUUGCAGUAAGCUUGGCGGAGCAACUGAGGAUAUUAUGUGUCCCAUCCUGGAGUUUGAGGCUGACCGUCGAGCCUUCAUCAUCACAGUGAACUCGUUUGGGACGGAGCUGAGAGGGGGGGAGAGGAGCGCCCUCUACCCCUCCUGUGGGACACUGCACCCAGAGGGCCUCCGGAUGCUGUCAAGGGCAGAGGACUACGAACAAGUCAAGGCUGUGGCGGACUACUACCAUGAGUAUAAGCUCAUCUUCGAUGACGCAGAAGCAGAGUCUGAAGCCAAGACUCUGGAGGACAGAUUCUUUGAGCGUGAGGUGAAGCUGAACACGCUGGCCUUCCUGCAGCAGUUCCACCUGGGCGUGUUCUACUCCUACGUCCAGCUGAAGGAGCAGGAGGCUCGCAACGUCAUCUGGAUCGCAGAGUGUGUCACGCAGAGGCAGAAGUCCAAGAUCGACAACUACAUACCUAUCUUUUAGAGGCAACAUGCUUUCGGUGUUUGAGAGGAACGCCAGCGGUAGCUUCAAAUAAGUACAAGUUUUUAUUUCAAUGGUCUGGUCAUUGAUGGACAUAAUACAUUGAUUGUAAUAUAUGCAAAUGGUCACAAAAGUAAGAAACAAUUUCAAGACAA